AUGGCUCUAUCGAACGGAACAUCAGCUCUCCAAGUUCGCGCUCUGAUGACGAGGGUUGUCUCCUACGGAGACACAUCUGUCGUAUUUGUCUUCCCCACGCCCUCGAUCUCGACCAGCGUCACGUACUGGACAGGAAGCUACCCUACGGUGACUGGACCCGAGGCUUUGGAUCUGCAGACGGCCCCUUUGACGACGAGGUCAAUCCGGCAGACUCCGCUUUCGGAGCUCCCCUCGUUGGAGCUGUUCGCAUCGACAUGGAGUAGCUUCAGGACGAUGGUGACGACGGUCCUUGACGAGGCAGCGACGCCAACGCAGGUGCCGGCAAUAGAGCCCGUCUAUUGCGGAGAAUCAGGCAACUUUACGCUCUCUUUUGACGACACGACGGUGGGGCCCAAUGAGAGCACUUUGCUGGUGGUCAAUGGCAUGAAGAACCCUUACCACCACCUCUUCUACGCAAACGGCUUCACGUACGUGCCGGACAAAUGGGAGCCGUACCCUGCCAUCUCACAGCCCAACAUUGCCAUGUUCCUACCCCUCACGGGACGUCUCCUCCCCAACACAGCCUUCACUGGGUCUCUGCUGCCCGGCGAGAUUGGGGCAGGUCCUCGAGCUUCGGUGCCAGCCUACUGGUUCAAUGCACACUCUGGAUUCUUUGGCUGCGCCCUGAGCGGGCUGACGGCCUGCACGCUGCGCAUCUCGGGGUACAGAUACGACGGCGUGCUGAAGCAGGAGGUGCUUGUUGCAGAGCAGAACGCCACGCUGCCGGCGUGCUGGGGGUACAUGAACUGCCGCCUCACGGAGGUGGCUUUUACGGAGCAGUUCCGAGCGCUGUCGGGCAUCCAGUUCAAUGCGUUUACGUCCGGCUUGGGCAUUCCGCAGGUGCACAUGAUGGAUGAUUUGCAGCUGGAGUGGUAUGAUAAGACGUGCGCGGCGGGGAUUCUGAGGAUUGGGCAUUUGUGA